CUUCCCAAGUCCUGGAAGAGUAUCAGUCGUUCAAAGUCAGCCUCACACCUCACUCAGUAUUGCUUUACAUCUCUGCAAAAAUGCCAAUGCAACUGUACGCCCAUCCCCAAUCGCCAUUUUGCCGCUCGGUUUCCAUGACAUUAUCCCUGGUGGGCAAGGAACAUGAAUACAAGUACUUGGACUUAUUUGCCGGCGAACAGAAUAGUCCCGAGUUCCUCAAGAUCAACCCCCAACACAACGUGCCCACUUUGGUGGAAGACGAUUUCGUGUUGACCGAAAGCCGGGCCAUUGCUGUGUAUGUGGCACAAAAAUUCGGCACCAAGGGUCAGCUUUUCCCCGAGGACCUUAAGGAACAAGCUGCUGUCAACGAGAAGCUUUAUUUUGACGCCAAUGUCUUGUGGAAGGCCUUCGCCGAAGUGUUCGGCCCACUGGCGUUUGGUGGCCAGAAAGAAAUCAAUCAAGAUAAGGUGAAGGCUUUGAAGGAGAAACUUGCUCUCUUUAAUACCUACUUCGAAAAGACCGGAUUUGUGGCGGGUACCAAGGAUAUGACUGUAGCAGAUAUUUGCUGUUUGGCCACUUACACCACCAUUCAACUUACUGAGAAGGCCUUCGUCAAUAUGGAGGACUACCCUCAGGCCCAAAAAUGGGUGGAAACGUGCAAGAAAAAAAUCCCAGAGUAUGAAGAAUCCAACCAGAAAGGUCUGGAUAUCUUCAAGAAAUUUUUCCAUGCCAGAACUGGCCUGUAAAUACAGGUAGUUCUACUUACACGUGUUCAUCUCCUGAGAAAAAUAAACGUACUAUACAUGCUAUACAGA